GAGUGUGAAGUCUUGUUUUCCUCGCUUUUUCUUCUUGCUAGGCCGCCUAAACCGUCCUAGUUCUACUUGUUCAGCAACAACACCCUCAGCACCCCUCCUGUAUACUCCUGCGGCUUGUCGACAAAGGGAGGGUGCGAAUACUAGUCGUCUGGAACCUGAUACUACACAGCGACACUGACUGCCUUUCUUCUCCAACUUUUGUAUUAUUUUUCCUUCUCACGACACCCCCUGAACUCCAGCAUAUACUCAGGUUGUUCGUACAGUUUAAAUGGAAGACAUUCGCAGCUACAUUAAGCAGUGCACAGGCAAGCAGAAGACGUUUUACCCUGUAGAGCUGGCGAAUUUGCUAGUAGCAGCGCAGAAUGAAGGCGACCUGCCCGACAAUUGCCUGGAAAACGAAGUCUGCGAGGCUGUUCUGUUUCUUUCGCGGCUCAAGGAUGAGCUGACGCCCGAUAAUGCCAAGCUCUUGGUGGAGAAGGUGCUAAAGGUCGACUUUGACGACCUGCAUAUGCCAAAGACGCUGCUCGACUCCCGGAAGCGCACCACACCGGCAUUGUCCAAGAAAGCAGUUACGUCGAGCGCCGAAGGAGCCAGACUCCGCCAACGCAACUUGGCCAAAAUGACGGACGAACAGUUCGAGGCAGUAGCAAGCACAAUUCAGCCAAGUCUGGUCGACAACGUAGCAAACUUUGCGGCUCAGUUGGGCAUGGGGCCGCCGUCGAGGACGCCCCCGCGUGGCCACCAGAGAUUCUCGACCUUUUCUGCCCGGAGUACGCCUCCGGCUGCCGGCGACAUGACAGUUCCGGAUAGGGAUGUCCAGUCAGACUCGGAACAGAGCGCUCUAUCGACGCCGCAUGUCAGCCGCAGCGUGCUCAGCCAGCGCCUGCGCUCCUCGACACGCGGCAACAUUCCGACAUUCAACCUCAGCCUGUCCCGCAGCCGCCCCGGCAGCCCGCUUUACGACGAUUUAUCCCCUGUCAGAGAACCGUCGCCAUCACGCUUCCACAACAACGACGAGGUUGUUCGGCACACCGACGAGCUGCUGAGAAAGAACGCAGAGCUCAAGAAGCUGCUCGCCGAGGCGAACCGCCGUCUGGAGCUGAACAAUGGCCAGCACGAGAAGCGCACCGAAGAGCUUGAGCGCGCGGUGGACGAGUGCCGCGCCGAACUGACCAUGAAGCGCCGUGAGAUCGAGAAGCUCAGGCAGUCUGAGCGCGGCUACAUCGAGAGCCUGCACGUCUCGGAAACCGAGGUCGAGAAGCUCGGCGUUCAGCUCUCCAACAGCCAUGCACAGUCCACGGAUCUCAAGCGCCAGCUCGACAACAGAGCUGUGCAGGUCUCUGAGGCCAACAAGCACAUUUUCGAGCACAGUUCUGAGAUCAAGACCCUGAAGGCAAGCCUGGAUGCCAACAACCAGCAGCUUGAGGCAGCAAGCAAGGAGUACCAAAAGAUGCAGCACAACUACCUUGUCGCCAAGCACGAGCUGGCUACUGCGCGUGAGUACAAGGAGGAGGCAGACGCAGCCAGUCAGGAGAACGCCAAUCUCAGCAAGCUUAUUGAGCAGCUGCGCGCAGAGUUGGCCGAGGUUCGUCUCCAGCUGCAGUCGUCAGUACUUCGCGAUGCCGAUCAUGACUUGGCUAGUAUCCACCGCCCAGGCAUGACCAGGGUCAAGACCCUGCGCGACGAGCUGGCCCAGACAGGCUCCGGCGACCACUCGCCUACUGAGGACGGGGUGCUUGAGCCCAAGAGCAGCCGGCGCCGCAUGAGCCUCAUCAACGACACCAUCCAGGCUAGCAGCUCAUCGCUCUCCUUGCCGUCCGACAAGGGCGUCGGCACCACCGAUACCGACAAGCAGGAAUUGAACGAGGAUGCCGUGCGCCACUGGAUCCAGUCAUCGCUGGUGCAGUUCCCGCCACAAGACCUGGUUCUGCUGCACGAGGUGUGGAAGCGCAUCGAGUACAGCGAUAGCAGUGACGAUAACCGCGCCGCUCUGCGCCGCGAGCUCAUCUCGGUAUUCACUGCGCCCAACAAGUACGGGCUCAAGGAGGCCAUCCACAGCCGCUGCAAUGCAACCCUGACGCGCAUCGGCCGCAAGAACAGCAUCGUCAAGAUGAUCACCAACGGCCAGCACGCUACAGCCGUCAUCAUUCUGUACUCGGUAGUGAUCUUCUGCCUGGGUGUCAUCACUGCCAGCUACCUCAACAUCUCGCAGCCGAUCGCCACAUCGCUGCCGUUCGGGCUGUCCAACAAUACCGCUGGCGCAGUCACCGAUAGCGGCGACGGCGGCAUGAAUUUGGUGCGCCAGAUUCUGGUCGUCGACGAUACCCCGGCACACAGCUUCUACCCGCCUGUGCGCAAGAGGUCGCCGCGGUCGCGCUUUGGCGAGAUUAUGUUCUACUGGGUUGAGACGCUGCUGUGGGACGAGUCGGAUAUGCAAAUCCCCACAUAA